UUCCGCUCUAACAAUGGCGUUCACAUUUGCGGCUUUUUGCUAUAUUUUGGCACUUAUUUUAUCGGCCGUGCUGAUAUUUUUCGCAAUUUUUCACAUUAUAGCAUUUGAUGAAUUAAAGACUGACUACAAGAAUCCAGUGGAUCAAUGUAGCAGUUUAAACCCGUUGGUGCUACCAGAGUAUUUUAUACACAUAUUCUUUACGGUGAUGUUCAUGUUUGCGAUGCAGUGGAAGACAGUCAUUCUAAAUGUACCCCUCAUAACAUACCACAUUCGAAGGUACAUACAUCGACCAAUCAUGACCGGACCUGGCUUGUAUGAUCCCACUACUAUCAUGAAUGCAGAUCAACUUAGUCAAGCGCAAAAGGAAGGAUGGGUUAAACUAGCAUUCUACCUGAUCUCUUUCUUCUACUAUCUGUACAGCAUGAUCUAUGUCUUGGUCUCAAAUUAAUUGUCCUUUGUGCUGUACCAGAAGAGGAUUUUACUACGAAGAUUGGGACAUGUACUAUUUAGUUGUAUGGUUUGAAAGCGUAUUUGAAUUACCUGGGGCGAAAAAAGGAAGGCAAAUAUGAAUGAGACAUGCUACAUAAUAGUACUGAUUAAAAACUAUAUUCUGAAUGACAGAAAAUGUGUAUUACAAAGAAAACAACACUCCAGAAUAUACCAUUUUUAAUAACAUAAUUAGGAUGUGAAGUAUUUUUGUUGUAUAAUUGCUUUUAUUAUUUAGAAUACUGGUGUCACAAUGUUUUGUUGUGUUACAUCUGUGUAUGUUAGAUUUGAAGCACUGUCUGGAUUUCAUUUCUCUUUCUCCUAAAGCUGUUUUAGUGUGGUAUUGUACUGUAUUUUUUCACCAUUUCUUUCAUGUUACCAUUUUCCAUAUUGGUAUCUCGGAAAAGAAAACUUUAGGAAUACAUUCAAAUGUUAUGGUAUGAAAAAAGUAUCCUUAUCAACAAGUAACGUUUCUAUGUGUAAACCUAGUUAGAUUAUUAAGUUCAUCAGACCAUGUUUGAUUUCUUCUGUUAAAGAUUAAUAAGACAAAGUAUGUUUGUUAUCAUGCCAAAGAAUUUCUGUGCCUUAACAGAUAAUCUCUUAAUUAUUUUGACUUAUAAUGCGUUAAGACAGGAACUCAAAUUUUAGGACAAGAUGAUAUCUUUAUUUCUGUAUGUGGUCAGUUGUCUGUCCAACGAAGACUUGUAGAUAACCUAUUUUAUUUACCGUUUUUUGACUUACUGACAAUGACAUAUCACUACUGUUAAGGUUUUAUGAAAGAACUUAAUUAGUAAAUUGCUUUUGUCAUUAUCAAUACCAUAUGUGUAUUGGUAUGUUGAUAUGUUGUAAAAGAGAUGGGCUAAAAGCCUCUCUUCACUUUGAACUAUUUCUGUAUUUAUUUCUGUUCUUUACAGAGGUUUGUUACUCAAAGUAGAAUGUUGAUGUACAGAUUGAUUCAUUUAGAAUACUCAUACUCAAGCUGAACAAAAGGAACUCUUUUCUAUGGCACACAAACUUAUGUUUUACACUUAAGUACAUUGUUUUGUAAUUUUUAAUAAUGUCACUUAAAAAUAAGAAAUUACUUUACUUGAAAAUCCACUUUUAUGAAAUUGCAAUUUUCAUACAUUCUUACAUGUCAUGUAGGUGGAAUUUGUCAUAAAGGCUGAACAUUUCAUAAUAAAACUGACUUUGAUUUCAAGUUCAAGCUGCAUGGUUCCUUUGAAAAAUACAGCUUUCUCAAGUCAGAAAUAUUGAACAUUGCGAGAUGUAUGACAGCUUGGAUGAGAAAGAUUGUUUUUAUAUUGAUAUAACAGGACUUACUGAGAACCUAUUUCAUUGUAUUAUCUUCAAAAAGCAUCGGACAGAGUCCUAUCAUGGACCUGGUAACAUGAGUAACAAUUAAGAUUUUGUCCUGUGAUGUGAAUGUUGUGAAUACUGGUAUGUAAUUUACAUGACUUGUGGAUAUUUUUUUGUGAUCUGGAACUAGAUUUAUCUUUGAAAUACACUGCCAGUGUAAACAUCUAAAAUUUCUAGAUCUGUUUUUGUAUUUGGGUGUAAUGGUAUCUUAUGAAUAGAGGAUAUUUUGAAAAAAAUGGUGCAUAUAUGGUAUUUAAUGAUAGAAUCUGCUUAAAGAGUUAACAAAAUAGAGAGUAUUUGUAAAGCAAUCAUUAGAAACAUACUGUAAGGAGGACACUUUUUGUUAAAUCUAUGAGUUGAUGGAGAAAGCAAUACAAAGUAAAUACGAAUGUAUUGAUUUUUUUUUCUGAACCUAUGAUAUUUAAAUGAACCUAUCUACUUAAGUGAAAUAGUGCAUUUACGUUAUAAUCAAAGACAUUUAAUCAAUGUGUGCAAUAUGGAUAUCAGUUGGUAUGAUAAGUGAACAACAUUUAUUUUGUUUUGUAAUCAUUAAUUGAAAUCCUUUUGCAUUUGGACAAUGUGAGUGCCGAAUGGUUGGAGGUGAACUCUUUAUCAUACCUUCCAAUUCUGUUGUUGUUUGGUUUUACAUGUUUCUAUGUCUGUAUAAAUGUCCUCUACAAAUAUGUAGUUGGGACAGAAAAUAACAAUCCUUGGUGGUCACGACCCAUUGUUGGCCUCUUUAAUACUGUCUCUUGAGAUCGGAGUUAUUCCCCUUGUCAAUUGUUAUUACGAGUGACUUUAAAGAAGCCUUCCGAUAAGCCAUUCUUAAUGAAAAGGUCACAAUUGGCAAGGAAAAUGCAUUCUCAUUAAUGGAACUAGGAGAACCCUGUCAUUUUGGUCCUGUAAAAAUUAUAAAUUUUCUCUACUUUGAACGGGGAAAGGUACACUACUGUGUGUGCCGAGAUGUUUUGUAUCAGGUUUUAUGUAAAUAUGAUUUGUAACACUUCCCUAGUUUACUUUUAUUGAGGGACUUACUAAACAUUGAUGUUCUGUUAAUGUUUGUGCCAUAUAGCAUCAGUUGAUUUUUCAAAUUUCAUUUUAACUCAUUUAUAAGGAUUGAUAUGUGGACAAAUUAUAUUGUAUUUUUGGUGUAGAUUUGUGCUAUUUAAAAUAGAACACAGCAAGAAGUGAUUGGAACAUUAAAAGUUUAUUGCAAAUGAGUAGACCGCCUUACAACGACUAUACUGCAAAAAAGAACAUAGUAAUGGAUCAAGUAAAUUGAAAUACUAAAAACAAUUCUUUCACUCCCUCUUUCCACCUAAGUAGUCACCAUAUGGACAUCAACCAGGAUAUAUUUCUGGUUAAUAUCAUUAUGAUGUAAUCAGGUAACUUGUGAAUCUAUUCAAUCUUUAAUAGCAUACAGUAUUCUAUAUUAAGUUUUGAAGAGACUGCUUUAUGUGUGUAUUGAUAGGAUAUUGCGUUUCAUUAAUAUUUAUCAGUUUCAUAGUAAAUGUAUUAGUAUUGUGAUUUUAUUGUAGGUCCCAUUUUGAUUUGUUGUUUUUUAUGACAAAUAUUUUUUUGUCGCACUUUUAAGACCUCUUCUAUUGAAAUACGAAUAAAAGAUAUUCAAUCAAA